ACCAGCGCUCCGGCUGGAUAAUCUGCACCGCUGAGCUAGCAAUCGUAGGUAUCUCGAUGCCAUUGAACGUGGAGACUGCGAACCGCUGGCUCUUUCUUGGAUAGAGCACGUCGAUGUUGCCACUUCUGCGCACCCAUCAUGCUCCACUUGCACUUCCUGCAGUUGCAUAUUUCAGUUCCAACAUGAAUCUGCCAUCGUCAACGCCCAUGUCGCGCCUGUCUCCGCAAGCACUUGCCUUCGGAUUGUUGCAUCUGGAUACCUUGCCGUCUGCUUCGCUUCAAAGUGCGCUCGGAACCGGGUCUGGUCGUUACACCUCACUCUGUUGCCCCUUUCCAUCCUGCACAGUGACCCCAUGGCGAACCGGAUCUCGACCCAUCUGACCCUGGAAUGCUCAAAAACUUUGCAAACAGCCGCAACGGCCCCGGUAUUUCUAGACUUUCUCGAUAUAACAAUAGGAAAUAGUGACGGGAAAGCUUUAUAUAAUCAAUGGUUUCUUUUCUGGUUUCAGAUCACAUCAC